CAUAUUUAUCUUGCAGAGGCCUGCAGAAAAAAACCUGAACUGGUCGCGAUUAUCGAAGGUGGUGCCGAAGUUAUCCGAGGAGAAAAUAUCACGAUGAACGCCUCGCUUUCUUACGAUCCAGAUAUAGGAACUGGAAAUAAUUCAGGAAUGAACUUUACCUGGGAUUUUGGCGAGAUCAGAGGAAACAAUUAUUCAUUCCCGUUGCCUGGCCUAAGUGGUAUAACCGUUCAAUACUUCGCGGAGAAAGGUUUCGGACCAGUCGUCACCUUCGCCAAGAAACCCUUAUUACUGAAUCAGACUUACAUUAUGAAGUUGGUUGUCUCCAAAGACUAUCGAACAUCAAGUGUCUUUCAAGUCAUUAGACUGCAAAAUGGAGAACCACCUAGAGUUUCUCAAAGGUACAUUUUUAGACGGUAUUCAUAAACCUUAUCUUUUUUGUUGUUCCCGUAAUUCUGUCACUGAUUAUCAACAAGCCGCCGGCCGGGCAGAAGAAAUGUCCUUCUUGACCCAGUAAAUGUGAUGAAGUCUAUAAUAUUUAUUGCCAAUGAAUGCGUGGUUCAGCCUCUUUUUUUUAACACUCAGGGGUAUAUUUAGAGGGUGGCGAGGUAAAGAACGCGACGUUCCAAGAUUCACUUGCGCCAAUUAUCCUGCCCCUGUUUACUGUUUCAGGGUCUCCGUGGAUAUUGUAUCAAUCUAACUAAGUUAAGGGAAAAUACAAUGAAAUCUGGGGAGGAAACUAGUCUCACUUUGUAAUAACAACUCAGUCAACUCUGUAAUGGAAAUAAAAAGCUUAAGGUUGAUUUCCACUGACGGGUUUUUGGCUACGCACGAUAAAGCACGUAAAUUUUAAUGACGUAAAUAAGAAAGAGGCAAGAUGAAAAGUGCUGAGCUUAAACGAGAAGUUGAGCGAGGUUCAACUUUUACGCUCACGAGCGACCUUUCAUGCAUUGCCUCUAUUUCAUAUGCGAACGUAACUUUUACGCACGUACGCACGUAAAAAUUACGCGACACUGGAAAUCAACCCUUAGUCCGGCAAAUGUCAAUAUUCGCACUAUUUUUAUGGAGUCAAUCCACUCUCGAGAUAGUCUAUCAUACCCACUGUUGCAUCAACGCAAUACUGAGUCACAAAAGCGUAAACUAUUGUGCCAAAUAUUACCAAAGUAAUGCCCUACAAGAUGUGUAUUUAUUUUUAUAUUUAGCUGUCUUCUUAAUUGUGGAGUUCAAACAAGUCCGUCAGUUAGGUUGAGUAUCAAGUCACAGUGCCAAGGUUCUCAGUGCUCCAAAAUAUUCUCCUACGAAUGGACGCUCUAUGAACAGAACAAGUCCGCCUCAAAUACUGAUCCAAUAUGGCGAAAGGUGAAUAUAUUGCAAAGCAUUACAACUACGCCGCUAAACUCAAGUAACCUUGUCAUAAAAGAAAACUCGUUGGACGGGAGAAAGAACUAUCGAUUGGUGUUAUUUGUCACAACUAAGGACGGUAUUCGAGGAUUGUGUGCUUACGACAUUGUUACUGCUACGCCACCUUCAAGAGGACGGUGUGUGAUCAUUCCGUCCAGCGGCAUAUCAUUAAAGACUGAUUUCAACCUGAGCUGCAGCGACUGGGUCAGUGACGCCACCCCUCUGACUUACCAGUAUCAAUAUCGACUGGACAACGGUUUGUACAGCAUGGUAUACUACGGAGUAAACAACACCGUUAUUUCAUGGCUACCCCCUGGAAACCGAUCACAUAACUACAAAGUCGAGUUUCUUGCUACCGUAACUAACAGUUAUGGAGCUUCAGCACCGACUGUGAAUCUUUCUGUCCGGGUGAGUUCAUAGCUUGAUGAAUCCUAAGACAAUUAAGUCAUAGGCCGAGUCGUUCCCAGUCUUGAUAUAUAACUAUAAUCCUGAACAAAGCAUUUGAGUUGUCAUGUUAACAAACCCUAGGUCUGACCUAAUUGUCUUUCAAACAAGUUGAUCCUGUUUAUUUCCUAACAACGAUCAAGAACCCGUUAAAAAACUAACUGGGAACCGUUAAUGAUCAGCUACUAGAAACCUUUCAACAGUCUAAGGCCUCGUGAUUCGUUCGUUGUUUUUGCAGGUUGAACCAUCGCAGCACUUGAGCCCAGCGAACUUUACCAGUGUCUUGACAUCUAACGAUAGCUUAUUUAAUCAAGUGAUCGAAUAUGGUGAUCUGAACAAGGCAGUACAAAUAGCAAAUACAAUUCUAGAAGCGAUUUCGCAGGAUUCUUCCCUCAGUACAGAGGAAAAAACGAAGGUAGUAUUUUAAAAAAAUAGUGUUUAUAACGAUCCGCUCAAAACUGAAAAAAAGCCGAAACGACGUUCAGAAACUUUCCAUUUCUAAUUUAUGUCCCCAUUGGUUGAAAUUUAUGUGGCACUUAGGAGCUUCUUUGGAUUAAAACCCCCUAUACCAGAAACGAUAUUACUUUUGUCGCGAGAAAAGGACUACGCUUAAGUCUGACUCGAUCUUAAGCAAUUUGCUAUUCAUCCAGUUGGAUCCACGGCGGUUGCCAAGUAGUUUAGACCCUAACACGCUUUUUGCAACUUUUUACUGGGGCUAAUUAGUGAAAAUUCGUCAACACAGCUGGGAAGAACGCCGUUAAAUCGAUCAGUUACCCUGCCAACACCUUUAAACUUGAUAAGUUUAUUGAUUUCAAUUACGGCGCUCUUUCCAGCAGUGUCCAUGGACAUUCGCUUACUGGGUUUUAUCUAAACUUAAAAACACCGUGGAAGGGUUGAUCGAUUCGUGUUAAAGUGUGAUCAGUUUUGUUACUUAUCAUAGAUUCAGGAACUGAUUGUCGAGAAAAUUGCCGCAUUGCAAGUUAAGAGUCUUCCAGACCUGCUGCAGUCUUCUUCUGUGAUUGGCUCAGCCAUUCAGCAAACUGAAACAACAUCUGUAAAAUCUCUGGUAAGGUAUAAUUUUCCCAUGAAGUCCUCAUAAUCGUCCUGCUAAAACAGGACAGGUAAGGAUGUUUUUAAAACUUUUUCUAUUUAUUUCGUUACAUCUUUCACAGUGUAAACCGUUUGAAUGACAGGCGCCACUCCUUCCUCCUUCGCGCAUUUUCUGCCAUCAGCUUCAUGUUCAGUAGUAAUAAGUGCUCAAUGGCUACGUUAUGUAUUUUGGAUUCCUUAUUCGGUUUCCACCUGAAUUUUCAUUGCGUUGUUCUCAACUUUUCCAGCAAACUGGGAGCAGAGCCUCCUUUUGUCUUCUCCUUGAUCGAGAAGGAGAAAAAGAGGCUCUGGCUGAAUCGCGUUAAGCCUUUGAGGUCACCGAAGCCCGAACUGAACUGGUCAAUCUUAUCUUUUCUCCUCAAACUGGUUUUUCGACAGCGAACAUUUUUUUAUUAAUAUAACGAUGAUCGUAACUGAGCUCGCUGUACAAGACGUUCUGCUAUUAGACCUGGGGUUCUGUAUCCUAGCAACAUGCAGAUCUCACUCAAUUUUAUUUUUCAUCCCGCCCAGAAGUCACGCUUUUAACUCUGUGAGAUUGUCAUGCGCAAGAAAGAAGGGAAUUGGGGUGGAGAAUGACCCGAUUUAUGCAGUCUUUCUUGAGUACGACAAAAUCAAACAAGCGAAAGAAACGCUCUGCUUCCAGGGUGCUAUUCCAGGUAAACUAUUCACAACAAUUCGCAACAUCGUGGAAGCGGUAAUUUGUUAGCAGCCCGUUAGAAAACUCGCAGUAACAUUUCUUUCUCUAUACGUUCGCUCUUGUCAGGAAUUUGCCCUACCUGCUAUUGAGUCCAUGGCUUCACUGCUCUGGAAUGCUGCCCAGCAGAAGCACAUGGACGACAUACCGCUGAUCACCCUUUCAGCAGAAAACUUAGGCUCCUGCCUCAACAACGUACUGAAGAGUGCAUCAAUAAUCGCAUCAGGAAAAUUUGGUUCCAGUCUUCAAGAACAGGUAUUUAUUUCCAUAGUCUUCUAGUUGGCACAAACACGUGAAAAAUCUCAGUGCAAUUCCCCAACAAAUGUAAUGACAGUGCUCUAUGCUUGCCUAGUGUUCGGUGGCUGUUAUACUCGUGAUGCCUUAAUGGAAAGGUUCUUCCUGUAAGACCCCAAUCUUGCUCAAGGAAACUAGUUUCUUGUCACUCAUCUGUUGUGAUUUAAUGAUUUAUUACAGCAAAUUAAAUCCAUUUCUUGGUGCUCGAUUGUGACGAUUAUCGUUAGCUGUCGUAAACAUAACCUAACGUUAACUUAAAAAGAAGUACAGUGGAACCUCUAUUCAGGGGACACCCUUGAAACCGAGACAAGUGUAACCUGAAAAGAAAUGUCCCCUGAAUGGAGGUUGGGCUAAGGUUUGUUAAUAGUGUAGCGUCCGCGCGUGCGAAGUGCGCGAGCAGUGGAGCCCCAUACCUAAAUGAAAAUGGGAACCUAUCGAUGCCAGAAAAAUUUGGUUCAAAGUUAUCGCGUACUUGUACUGCCGCCGCAAAGGCGAUUUUGGUGAAGUUGGCGAGAAUGGUGAUCGAAUUUGAAUCUUUUGCAACGCCAUGGAAAAUUGACGUCAAAUUCCCAAAUUUUUCGUGAGAUUUUCCAUUUUUGUCAACUUCGCGACUUUAGGAGGAGUGCCGCUUGUAAUCUCAUUUAAACUUUCGCCAACCCUCAGCCAAUUGUUUUUUAGAGAUUCACCCUUUGGCCAUUUUCGCCAAAUUCGUCAAUUUCGUGACUUCUAUACAAGGCUUUGGCAAAUUUUAGCCAUUUUCGGCAUAUUUGCCAUCUCCUUCAAAUCGCCGCUGCGAUUUCUCGCCAUUUUCGCCAUAUUCGCCACUUUUAAGGGGGGACCCUUUGUCUCCUCAUUUGACUUGCAGGUAAGGGUUUGGGGAUUUUUGGCUAUUUUGGUUAACAUCACCAUUUUCGUGAAACUCACGACUUUCAAAUGGCCUCUUUACCAUUUCAUUGCAAAUUUUAUUAAGACUUUGGCGAAUGCUCGCUAUAUUCGUCGCCAAUUACAAAUUCGCCAUUUUCGCCAAAUAUGCCAUUUUCACCAAAAUGGCAACUCUUAAUGGGAACCUUUGGCUUUGUUAUUACUUAUUUGCUAAACUUGGCGGAUUCUCGCUAUUUUCGCCAUUGGGCACAUGAGUGGGUGAAUCGGGCUUAAACAUUCUAAAAAUGAAGUAGUAAUUGUAUCAAACGGGCGCUUCCUUCUUUAGGGCAAAACUCUUGUAAUGGAAUCCUUCAGGAUCAUCAACAUUAUUGCAGAUGCCGUGUUAGCAAUGAAAGUUGCAGAUGAAAAGGUGACGCGGAUCAAGACUAUAGAAUUGUCCAUGACAUUAGGACGUCAUACCCCAACUAAACUUGUUGGAUUAUCAAUUGAAGGAGGGGACGGUAGAUUUGUUUUGCCAGAUGAAAAAGAAACAUUUGAUUCCAGUACCGGUAACACAGCUUUCGUAGACUCGCAGGUAAGUUUUCAUAAAUCCUCCUCCUUUUAAAAAAAAUCCUCGAAUGAGCUCUGCGCUAUCAAAUAAGCUAUUAUAUAGCCUUCGCAGCUCGAGAGCUCAUCAGUACGUGUAUUCAGAGGCCGAGGAGUUGCAAAGCCGCGCGGAUAAUUGAGAAGAGACACUGAUGCGUAGCCUAAAUCUGAAAUAAUUGUCCCUCCUGAUUUCCUCUAUUUGCUGUUCAAAAGAGGUUACACAUGAGCUACAGUUUGAUGACAGGUAAUGUGCCGCUAUUGCUUAAGUUCUUUAAAAUUCCCACACUUUUUCACAAGUUAAACGCCGAAAACGUUUUUUCGAGGCAGUUUGAGAAUUAAGUUUUUUGUUAUUUUCACCUAAGUGAAGCUAAUCCAGAAUCUGGAUCCUGGACAUUUUUGCUUGUGGAGGUUUGGUCAGUUCAUUUAAUAAUGUUAUUGCUAGCGCUUGGACUCCGGAAUCCACAGCAUGAAAUCCAGAAUCCAGCCUGUCUUGGAUUACCUUACAUAACAAUCUGAAAUACAUGUGUUCAUUACUCUUGGAAAUAUUCUAUAGAUUAUAACGCCUUUUAGUAUAUAAACACUCAGUGAUCUUGGUGAUUCGAGCAAUCUGAUUGGUUCGCUAUCUCGGAGUAUGACGUUAUAUUCACCGCACUAGGCGGUGAAUAUAAAGCAAAACAAAACCGCUGUCGUGAACUGGGUGUUUGCCAAAGUUUUCCAGUAAGAACGUUUUGAAAAUACAAGAAUAUCUUACUGUAGACGAUUUUGAAGGUAGAAAAAGACUUCAUGGUGUUUAAACAGCGUGAUUUACUAUAGCUGACUUUUUACGCACUCGAAUCAAUGUUUACCUUUACAGAGUGAAACCAACGCGCAUUUUCACUCUUUUCUGAACUAGGGAUUCCCUUUAAGUAGAAGUUGACUUUUAGAAAAAAAGGAAGGCGAAAAACCAAUCUUUUUUUUUUUUUUAAUACACCACAUCUGAGGAGAAAGAGUACUAUGAGGCGCUGUUUUUAUCAUACAAUAAACCCAAUAAACAAACCAGCCAUGAAUAAGAGAACACUCUUGAUAGCAGCUGUAUUUCAUUUUGUACAUCCAGUGGAAAAAGACAGUUAAAAACAUCACAAGUUGACUCAACACUCUGUCAGCUUCAGCUGUCUAAGUAAACAACUUUCAAGAUGCUGCAUAAAUUUUACGCAUGAACUCACCCGUCAAAUUUUAACCAAUCAGGCCCGGGUUGCUCGAAGCAUGCUUAGUGCUAACCAGCGUUAAAUACCAUGGAAACCUAUACCUUUUCAUACCUCUUAACCAGCAGUUAGCGCUAACCAUGCUUCGAGCAACCGGCCCCUGAGCAUAAAAAUUGGACGUGGAGCGUGACCAACACGUGACCAUGGUAAGAAAAGGUCUUCCCCGGCUGUAUUUUAAAAAAAACUGGCUGAAUUUUUGCGUGUGAGGUCAGUUUGAAAUCAAAAUCGUAAUAGUGCGGGGCGAUACUGACAUAAACACAACAUAUUUGAUAUGAAUUUUAAAAAAAAGCAAACGUGAGCCUGCAAUCAUUUGAAAACGAAUAAAUUGUCAGCGGAUAACUUCAAAAAAUACUCGACCUUGAUGGGUCGACACCUGAGUCCGCGAUACGGUCAGGUGAUACUGGUCAGCGGAUACCCUGUUUUGACAGCUGUCAAUUGAUGACAACAUUGAUAUGCAAUCAGCUUCCUCCUUGGCUCCCAAAGUAGCUAGAAAGUGUGAGAGUAAACAUUGGUAUGCCUGUGGCGCGGACGGACCGUCGGUCGGUCACGUGAUUACCAAAUUUUCUGCGAUGGGUAGAUUACUUUAGCUAUGGGGCUCCGCUCACGCGCGCGCUUCGCACGCGCGUGGAGAUCCGCUACGAUAUACCAUGUUUGAAGGUACUGUAAGCAUGCAUAAAGACCUAACUGUCGCGAAUUUUCUGUUUACGGCUGCAUGUUCACGUAUUAAUUCACCCGUUAAUCAAGCUAAUCGUUUUUGAAUGGUUACCUUUCUAAUUGUGUUGAGAUUACGUAACUCAGUUGAUAUUGUUGCAUAAUCCGGAGACGAAGCCGAGUGGAUUAUUCAACAAUAUGAAAACGUAUUUCGUUCAGAUGUCGCUAAGAUUCAGAGUAUCGUGAUGUGCAAUGGAGUGUAAUGAAAUUUGCUGAAAACAUAAUUAUCUAAGCCAAGGGUAUGCCAGUGACGUGUCUCAUGCGCCAUGUUGAUGUCGUUUUUGUUUGCUUGUUUUACUUUUUCAGAUGCUCUCAAUUCCAUUCAAUCCUUACACAUGGGAUGUCACAAGAGAGCGAGUGGACUCUGAUAUCUUAGCACUGGACUUGAAAGACGACGAGCGUAAACUGAUCAAAGUAUCAGGUCUCCCAAACCACGUCCUGAUUGUUACACCUCUAAAACCUCAACAGAUUUCUUUACAAAUCCCCCAGUACUUCACCCAGAAUGAUAACUUACGAUUUCACUUGAUAGAUGUCAAGUACGAAAACACGUUGAUAAUGGUGGAGAUCACUCCAACAGAUGAAAGAGUGACCCUUUUUGUUUACAUGCGACAUAGUCAACGGCCAACAACACAAGUAUAUGAUCUCAAUGCCACUAUCUCCAAACAGGAAACUUGCAUUUGGUGGAAUGGGCAGGAAAAAAGCUUUGGAAGAGUAAAGUGUUCUUCCAACAGAUUUACAGCCGUUCCUAUAGAAACAGUUGCUAGGCAACCUGGAAGGUACUUUCUAGGAAUUCAAAGUUAUAACACCAGUGUGACCUCCCUAAAGAGACAAAAGCGAUCAUGUUUCGGAAAUAGACGUCAAAAGAGAUCAUGUCUGCAAGUGAAAGAUCCUCCUUCCACUCCCCCUCUGAGCAAAAAUGUAUCUGUAGUACCCGUGUAUGACCCAGCCAUCUCAAGGAACUAUACUAUGAGGGUGGCCUUGGGGAGCUGUGUGUUCUGGUCAGAAAAGCUGCAAAUGUGGACGACAGAAGGCUGUCAAGUAAGUAAUAACUGAUGAGUGAGCUAUUUCUUAAAUUGGUGUUGGAACUCGGGUUGGUUGCUAAGUGUAAAUUGUUAAGAUUCGCAAUAAGCAGUAAGUAAUACAUGCAUGUUUUUGCCGUCUUCACGUUCAUUCAUGAGAUCUUUUGACUUCCUAUGUAUGUUUUGUGAUCUUGUGCAGUUGUAUAGUAUAAUGUAGUUAUUUUGAUAUUUAUUUUGAUCUGCUGGAAAAUUAUAACAUGCCCUUAAAUUGCACAACCCAAUAUAAGUUCAUUAAUGAAUCAAUUUUGAUAUAUUAAAAAAAUUCAUAACUUUCUCGAGGCUUGAGAAGAUAAUUCAAGAGAAACAAUCGCCUUGAGAUUCAUAGAUUAAUUUUGUUUGUUGGCCAGAUUCCCCAAGCCUCCGAGCCAGGUAUGAAUUUUAAGUUAUUUCGAAAUUGGUCUAUAAUUGACCUAACAUGGAAACUUGGUUUUAAAUUUUUUCAUUCUUUAUUCCAUAGGUUUUGUCAGCAACGUUAAAUGGAUUCCUGAACUGUUCAUGUAAUCACCUGACCUCCUUUGGAGGUAGUUUCUUUGUAAAACCCAAUCCCAUCGACUUUGAUCAAGUGCUGGUAGAGUUCAAGAGACUUGCAGAUACAGGAAAUGUCGCGGUUAUUGUAACCGUGGCAGUGGUAUUCCUGUGCUACGUUAUUGUGAUUGUUUUCGUCAGAAAAGCGGAUCAGCAAGACACCAGAAAUGUAAGUACUUAUUAGGUAACUUAAAUAAUGCAACCACCACUUGGAAAAACACUGCAGCAGUGUGAAGCUGAAUCUUAGUGUAAACCAGACCGAGCAAUGAAAAAUAUUAAACCAAAGGCAAGACUCAUCGGAUAGCUCAAUUAGAGAAUAGAGAACUCGUUCUCCUAGAGCUCAUCAAAUCAAACAGAGAGGUUUUUUUUUUUUUAUCACCAUGAAGACGAUUGAACCCUAUAAAAUGAACUGGAAGUACAGUAUUAUACAAAACUAGGUUCUCCAGUUCUCUUAAUUCUUUUAGUGAAGUCUUACUUUUAUAAUAAUGUAUGACUGUGCGAUUAUCGAAACUCCAUGCUCUAUAAUCAUCUAUAAUGUAACAUUAUGCGUACAAGGGCAUCGUAGAGGCGCAGAAGAGUUAAUUUUUUUAGUUUCGGGGGUGAUGGUAGGUGUUAGUGCGGAGCCUUCGAUUUAGGCUUCGGUGCCUUAUUUGGCACAACGGAAUCUAAUCAGUAGCAGGUACCCAUUCAGAUCUCUGAGGAUGCUUUUAACGGAAACCAAUUUUUUGUUUCUGGCCUUGCAGCCAUGCAUAAUGAAAACAAACCAACAGAAAAACAAAAAACAAAUUAUACAGCGCUCUCUUAUAACGUCAUGGUGGCCACAUCAGUGUUUCAGAACAAUGUAACGGUGGCCAUGUUGGUGUUCCAAAUCAAUCCUGUUGGAUUGUGUCAAUAAACAUUUUCUUUUGUUCCAAAAAAUUUUAAUAGAUGCUGAUCACGAGUCAGAGUGAAAACUCUUCACACGGAACGAAACUUAACAAUAAAGGGAACAAAAACACGUAACACUUUCCUUUUCUUUUUUGUUCCAGAAUGGCUCUCCAGUUGAGCUGCCAACAGGAUCAAACAGUUUGCACGAAUAUGAAAUAACAAUAAUAACAGGAGUCUGGAGGAACUCUGGAACAACAGCUAAAGUUGCUAUAGAGAUAUACGGCUCUGAAGAAAGCACCGGGAAGGUUCCGCUCAACAACAUGGAAGAUUCACCGACGGGCACACUUUUCUCUAGAGGAAAUACGGACGUUUUUGUUCUUAAAGUUGAAAAACCGCUCGGUUCCAUUGAAGGGGUGAGGUUUGGGCAUGAUAACUCUGGAAAUAGUCCUUCGUGGUUUCUAGAGGAAAUCAUUGUUCUUGACAAACAAACGCUUUGCUCUUGGACAUUCACGAAUACUCAGUGGCUAGCUCUUGAGAGAGGAGACGGUAGGAUUGAACGGAUGUUGGAGACAGAACAAAAUAGAAUAGAUUUCAACAGCGAGGUUUUAAAGCGAUGGUGGAAAGGACUCACAGAGAAACACAUAUGGGUCUCAGUUAUAGCGAAGCCAAGGAGAAAUCGGUUCACUCGGGUACAACGGGCGUCAUGCUGUCUUUCACUGCUAUUGACAGCUAUGCUUGCAAACGCCAUGUUUUACGAACUGGACGGAAAAUCUGAGAAUGUGAUUCAGAUCGGACCUUUGAAAUUCACUUGGAGACAAGUAGUUAUUGGUAUCGAAAGCGCGCUCAUUGUUGCCCCUAUAAACAUUUUGAUUGCAUUCCUAUUUCAAAAAGGGACCGAAAACACCGCCAGUCAAACCCGUGUUUGCUGGAAAGCAAAUUGUCUCAUUUACUUUGCCUGGUUUUUAUUCGUUUGUUCAUGUUCUGUUUCGGCGACGUUUACCAUCUUCUACAGCUUGCUCUGGGGAAAGGAAAUCAGUGAGCAAUGGCUGUCUUCCAUGUUUAUCUCUUUCACCCAGGAUAUGGCAAUUACUGAGCCGUUCAAAGUGUUCUUUACCGCAAUAGUACUGUCAGCCAUCAUUAUCAGAAAAAAGAGAAAGAGAGAUGGUAGCGAAUACGUAAAAGAGGCUAAAACUCGAACUUCAACUAAAGGACAUUUAUGGAAGAUGAAGCUCAAAGACGUAGAGGAGAUGAGAAGGCGUCAGGCGAAAAAACAAAAUAUAUCUCGGUUCUUUGUGGAGCUUUUCAUCUACCUUAUUUUUGUUUUCUUGUUGAUGGUGGUUUGUUAUGGUAGCAGAAAUGAACAUCGAUACAUGAUGACAAAAUCCGUCACAGAAGGACUGCCAAAAUUUGAAGCGGUAAGGGAAAUUUCUCUAACAUUAUUGCUGAACUCUUUUCUCUUUUCCUCUAUGAUUGCUUGCUGGGAAAACUGUGUCUUCGUGUACACAAUGAACAGCGGCUUUUUCCAUUACUAUCCUUUAGUUUGGCCGGCAGGGGGAUUACUACCUUCUCACAAUUUUUGAGCUAGGUUAAUAUAAAAGGAUAAUGAUUUCAGAACUACGCGCUUGAUAGUUACUGAAUGAAGAGAAGAUCAUCACAGUGGAAAACUGAAAACGCAACUUAUGCAGUUGCGAAACGAAAGCCUGAAAAAAAAAUCAUAAAAAAAUAAUAAUAAUUGCAUUGUCGUUUUUCUUUCUUACCGGAUAGAACUUUCAAAAAAUUACUUAUUUGUCGUGGUUCUUGUACUAGUUUUGUUCAUUGUUUUUGCUUUUUUGCUUUUGGGAUACCAGGUCAUUAACAAGAAACAGUACUGGAGCUGGAUUAAAAAUGUUUUUUUACCCGGUGUAUUUGCUGGUAGAUGGUACAACGGACGUCCCGAGAAUCAAACCGUGUACAUCGGAAAUAAACGUUCAGUCCUGGUAGGAAUGGCUAGAGGAAGGCAACUUAGAGUUCAACCUGGUGAGUUUUAAAUUAGAAAUUGCGUUAAAACUCAAGUGAGAAAAGAAAAUUUCGCGGCCUGUCAUUCCUUUUCAAAACAAUCUCAUAAAGUACGAUUUUUAAUGGCCAUUUUCUCCGGGCAUGGUAAACAAUGGAUGUUCCCGCAGAAGGAGCAAAAAGGCGACGUAGGCCAUUUUUCCUGAUACGUAUUUCCUCGAGUAAUAGCUGAAAAGGGGGCGAUUAUUCGAGGGAAGGCGAUUAUUUCAAAUGUUGCUCACUGGAAGUCGUGGAUUGAAUAUUAGAAUAUUUUAUUUAUUAUUUUUCUAUUAAAUCAAAAAAUAAUCAAGAGAUAAACUGAACAUGGAUUUUUAAGUGUUCCAAAUUUAGUUUCUUGAUUAAUUUUCCGAGUUUGAAUCGUCACUGAUCAGUUUUGCUGAAUCACAUUGCCCUUCAACAUAAGGAGGGGAGGGGAUAAAAGGAAGAGAAUAUAGCAGGAGGGGCGAAUAAGGGAUCGGAGAUUAUCAGAGGGAGGCGCGCGAUUAUUUCAAAUAUUUCCUUCAAAAAAGGGCGAUUAUUUGAGAGAGGCAAUUAAUCGAGGGACGGUUAUUAUUCGAGGAAAUACGGUACCUUCCGACAUCAUUUUAUAUUCUUGAGCUUUCAUUGUUAAAUGUGAAUCUGAUCCGAAACACAAAAUAUUAAUAAAAGAAAAAUAAUAGCCUUCUGCUAGCAAAAAGAAGGAAUCUAAACGAAGAGAGAUUGCUUACAUCAUAGUUAUUAGAGGAGACUGGUUAUGAAAAGCGGCAAACAUCAAUGAUAAAAACAACAGUGCUGCAGUUUCUGUUGGAAGCACCCUGAAAGUGUACAAUCCUUUGUUUUCUGUUGGCAAAUUGUUACGGAAUAAAUUAAUGCAACGUUUUUAUUGUUCAAUACAAUCAAAAUGAUAGGAAUUCUUUUGAACGUUGUGCACUUUCAGGUCCACAAAAACAUAUAACAAAGGAGUCUGACGGGUUUCAUAACCAUUCCACUCAAUUAACUAUGCUUACAUUAUUAAGAAAAAGGUAUGUAGGAUCUGGAAAACUAUAUCCACUUCCUUACUCCAAACCCUUAUCAAAAUUUGCAUCAAUUCUUAGAUCUUUAUAAAUAGGUUCUUUUUUUAAACAUUUGCAGAGACUUGUGAAGUUUUGGAUUACAUGAAGCAUAUGUUUCCUGUUUGCUACGGCGGUUACUCACGCUUAAACGAAGAUAAGACAUCCUUCAACGAACCAGGGUGGAAGCCUGUCGACAACUCCACGAAUAAUGACGAACUUUUCCGACUUUGCCCGAAGCCUUGGAGAUACCAAGGUGCCGAGGAUACGGACACGGUGCCUAAGUGGGGACAGUUCUCGUUUUAUCCUGGUGGAGGUUUCGUGGCCGACUUAGGUUAUGGACAUUCGACAGGCCUUACCGUUAUAGAAACACUACAAAACAAUGACUGGCUCGACAGGCGAACCAGGGCCAUUAUAUUGGAAUUUUCCUCUUUCAAUCCAUCUGUUAGUUUACUUUGCAUCACGACGUAUUUUUUUGAGGUAGAGGCUUCCGGAUACAGCGCCCCGUUCACGAGAACUGAGGUUAUUUCAUUAGACUCAACAGAGGCUGGUUCGCAACAAUUUUACCUCAUCUGUAUUCUGUUCUUUAUCAUAUUUGUCGCGUUUUACCUUGGAAGAGAGUGCUACAGGCUGUACAGACAACGUUCUCGAUAUUUUAAAUCUUUAUGGGGCUGGGUAGAAAUAUUCCAAGUGUUGUUUUCCUUGUUGGCUGUGGCAAUGUACAUCGUGAGAUCCAAAAAGGCGACCUCUACGAUUCAGAAGCUUCAGAAAAACAUUUACGCAAACCUCAGUUUUCAAGAAGUCAUCAUUUGCCUUGAAAUAGAGAACGCUGCUCUUGGGAUUUUAACAUUUAUUGUCACCGCCAAACUUCUGAGACUUAUUCGCUUCAAUCAACACGUUGUCGUGUUUUCGAAAACACUGAAGACCUCUACGCGACUGUUGUCAUCAUUUACCGUUGUUAUGUUGAUCUGCUUUAUUGCCUUUCUGCAUUUCGGGGUUUUGAUCUUCGGGACGGGUUCGAGGCAUUACUCUUCGAUACUCAGAGCUAUAUAUUUCCAACUCGAACUGACUCUGGGGCGCGUGAAAGCGAGACCCAUCAAUGAACUGGCAGAUGCCAACGACACUUUUGGAAGAAUUUUUGCCGUCUUACUUCUUUUUACCCUGACGAUAUUGGCCAUGAAUUUUUUUAUUGCCAUUAUGAACGAUGCUCUUAUGAAUGCAAAGACCUGCGCGAGUGAAAAUGAGCUCUACGACCUUCUGGAUGAAAAUUGGAGUCAAAAGGGAGGAGAGAAUAAACGCAUAUUUGACGCUAUAAGUGAAAGUAUAAAACAAACGAAAGGAAAUGAAGAAAUAGUGAAGAUGACGAAAACAGAGAUUAGGAAUUGUGGCGAAAAUCCCAACAAAAAGAGGGUGGUCAAUUUUGAUGCAAUAAGCAAAGCAAUUAUAGCAUCAAGAGAAGAAAGCGUGGAAAAUUCAACCGAGAAGAAGCUUGAUGCCAACACAAGAAGAAAAUCCUUGUUUGAUAAGAUCAGCGAUUAUAUUUUGAAAAAGUUUACAAGUAGCGAAGAACACAAAAUAAAGACAGAACUAAGGUCGUCACACAGUCAACAGCAUCGCAAAGUACGCUUCUCAGAAGACGUUAUCAAAUGUCAGUUUCAGAAGCUACAAAAACAGAAAAAGUUCCUUUUUCAGCGCUUAGAUAACAUAAUUCAAGGUCACUCUGAUGAAGAAGACAAAUUCCAGCUGUUAUGCUACGAAGUUUGCUAUUCCUCCAAAGAAGCCACCACAGUCGCUGACCAAGGAGCCACGAAUGACUCAUUUGCGUGA